CUGAACUUGGUCUGAUGACACAGCCAGCCUGUGUCAACCUAGCCAGAAUAGAGUCCUACGCUAGUGUACAGCUGCACUGGGGUCAGACAGAUUUCCUGUUCAGAUUAAAACACAGCAGAGUCGAUGCAAGAAAGUAUGUAUUGAGAAAUGUGUUGUACUCCAAAUGGUCCCAUUAUCCCAACUGUUUCACUGAGAAGAUCGAACUACUUCUCGUUUUUUCGCCGUUUUUCAAUCUUCUCAUCCUUGUACUGAGUGAUCGGGGGCACCGGGAUGGCGUUUUUGGAGAAGCAGUCCCCGGGAAGGGUACUAUUGGAUGAUACGGUGGCCCUUACAGCACUGAUCGAGGCCAGCCAAAAUCUACAAUCUCACACGGAAUACAUAAUCCGAGUACAAAGGGGCGUGUGUACAGAAAACAGUUGGCAGGUCAUAAAGCGAUACAGUGACUUUGAUAUGCUGAAUAGCAGUUUGUUGGUCUCUGGCGUCAGCCUGCCUCUACCACCUAAGAAGUUGCUAGGUAACAUGGACAGGGAGUUCAUAGCAGAGAGACAGAGAGGACUACAGGUCUACCUAGACUUUAUUACUCAGCAUCACAUCCUAGCCACCUGCCAACUGGUCAAGAAGUUCCUCGACACCAACAACUACUCUGCCAACUACACAGAAAUCGCCUUACAGCAGGUAUCCAUGUUCUUCAGGUCGGAUCCUAAGUGGGAAGUGGUGGAGCCUCUGAAAGACAUUGGGUGGAGGAUACGGAAGAAAUAUUUCCUAAUCAAAAACAAAGAACAACCCAAGGAACGUCAAGUGUUGAGUUGGGUUGACUUGGGUCCAGAUAAAUUCCUGUCAGACAAAGACCUUCAGUCGACCAUGAAGCUCCUACCCAGCCUCACUAAUCCGUACAUCUACCCGGUGACGUUUGCCAACACCAGUGAGUUGUCUGCUCUGGUCAUCAGGAUGUUUAACGAAAAAGGCACUCUGAGGGAUCUCAUAUGUAAGGUGAAGCCUAAAGAGGCCUUCAUGAGGAAGUACUGCAUCCCAAAGAAGAUCCAGGGUCUGGAGCUGCAGCAGAUCAGGACGUACGGACGACAGAUUCUGGAGGUUCUGAGGUUCCUCCAUGAGAAAGGUUUUCCGUACGGUCACCUCCAUGCCUCUAACAUAGUGAUAGAAGACAACACGUGUAAAGUACUGGACAUAGAGAACAGCCUCCUGGGCCUGCCCUCGUACUACCGGCCCUACAUCACACAGUUCAGGAAAAUCAAUACGACCGAGAGUAUAGACGUAUACUCGUUUGGACACUUACUGUAUGAAAUGACGUACGGAAGACCUCCUGAUGCUGUGCCUGUCGACCAGUACCCUGCUGUGACUUACACCUCAGUGGUGUCUGUGCUGCAAUCCAUCCUGUCCACAGACGCCUGUAAGACUGGGAUGCCCACUGUUGCACAACUGCUGCAGACACCGCUGUUCAGCGAUGUGCUGCUGUUUCACUCAGAGAAACUCCAGUUCAAGAUCCCCACCAAAUUAAGAGACGCCUUGAAAACCGCCAAAGAGUGCAUGGAAAAGCGACUCCAAGAAGAGCAGAAAACGAACCAGCAGCACAGGAGGCUGACCAGAGCUCAGUCCCACCACGGCUCAGAGGAGGAGAAGAGGAGGAGGAAGAUACUGGCUAGAAAGAAGUCCAGACAGUCAGCCUAUGAGAACGAGGAGGAUCUCUCUGUGAAGUACAACAACAACUCUGGUUCAGGAGCCAGCUCCCCACCGACCUCUCCCUCCUCCCCCACCCCUCCUCACACUACAGGAGUUGCACCACCUCCUCCUCCUCCUCCUCCUCUACCUCCUCCAAGUGAUAACCCUGGCCAGUCCCACGCACCUCCGCAUCCUCCUCUCCCUGGGUCAGGUCCUCCUCCUGCCAACGGUGUGGGGCGUGGUGCCCUCCUCAGCUCCAUCACGUCAUUCAGUAUAGGCAAACUGAAGAAAGCAGUGACCAUCGACCGCAGCAUCCAACACUCUGAAGAGGGCCGCUCUUCCUUCUCGUCCUGACCCUGUGGUCCCAGUCACCCCUAAAGGUUACCUGUCGUCCUGACCCUGUGGUCCCAGUCACCCCUAAAGGUUACCUGUCAUCCUGACCCUGUGAUCCCAGUCACCCCUAAAGUUUACCUCUCGUCCUGACCCUGUGGUCCCAGUCACCCCUAAAGGUUACCUGUCGUCCUGACCCUGUGAUCCCAGUCACCCCUAAAGUUUACCUCUCGUCCUGACCCUGUGGUCCCAGUCACCCCUAAAGGUUACCUGUCGUCCUGACCCUGUGGUCCCAGUCACCCCUAAAGGUUACCUGUCGUCCUGACCCUGUGAUCCCAGUCACCCCUAAAGGUUACCUGUCGUCCUGACCCUGUGAUCCCAGUCACCCCUAAAGGUUACCUGUCGUCCUGACCCUGUGAUCCCAGUCACCCCUAAAGGUUACCUGUCGUCCUGACCCUGUGAUCCCAGUCACCCCUAAAGGUUACCUGUCGUCCUGCGCAAUCACAUUUUUGGUCUUUCAGGUUUUUUUUGCUUCUAAAUUUAGUUCCCGUCCGAUGAGUUGACCCCCAGCCCCGCCCCUUAAGGUUUGAGGUAGGGGAUGGGGCAUCAACUCCUUUCCAAUAUGGCCGCCACGUUGGUUCUCCCUUUUAGCACAAACAUGACUGGUCAGUGGACUGUACAGGUGGUUUAAAGAUGAGGUGGCAUCAGCCUGGUGUCUAUCUGGAAGACUGCAGUGAAUGACUUUAUGAUUUCAGUGGAAUGUCUUUCUUCUUAUUUACAGCGACGUGACUUGAAUGAAACGUACAGGCCACUGUGAGGGAAGUGAUUCAGAAAGCAAACACAUGAACCACAGGUGUUUUAGAGGGACUGGGACUCUGACCUGACAUCCGACAGCCAUGUCAUCACAGUGAGACGACUAUGAAAGAACUGUCUGGGACUCUGACCUGACAUCCACCAACCAACAGCCAUGUCAUCACAGUGAGACGACUAUGAAAGAACUGUCUGUGUCAUCACAGUGAGACGACGCUGAAAGAACUGUCUGUGUCAUCACAGGGAGACGACUAUGAAAGAACUGUCUGUGUCAUCACAGGGAGACGACUAUGAAAGAACUGUCUGUGUCAUCACAGUGAGACGACUAUGAAAGAACUGUCUGUGUCAUCAGUGAGACGACUGAAAGAAUUGUCUGUCAUCACAGUGAGACGACUAUGAAAGAACUGUCUGUGUCAUCACUGUGAGACGACUAUGAAAGAACUGUCUGUCAUCACUGUGAGACGACUAUGAAAGAACUGUCUGUGUCAUCACAGUGAGACGACUAUGAAAGAACUGUCUGUGUCAUCACAGUGAGACGACUAUGAAAGAACUGUGUCAUCACAGUGAGACGACUAUGAAAGAACUGUGUCAUCACAGUGAGACGACUAUGAAAUAACUGUAUGUGUCAUCACAGUGAGACGACUAUGAAAGAACUGUGUCAUCACAGUGAGACGACUAUGAAAGAGCUGUGUCAUCACAGUGAGACGACUAUGAAAGAACUGUUGGUCUGUUAUGUUUAUUGUAUCUAUUAUUUUUUUAGCUUUUUGUUUUCUUCUAAUGAAUGGAAGGAGAUGUGAUGCUGUUGGACUGUCUGUGUUGCUUAUAUCUAUGUGCCACAUUCAUCUCUGUGCCUGCGUCAAUAUAUGGCCUUGUGUCCCAAAUGGCAUCCCAUUUCCUAUAUAGUGCACUACUUUAGUAGUAGUCCGCUAUAUAGGGGAUAGGGUGCCAUUUUCAAAUGCACAGAUAGAUACAAAAAAAAUCAAUGGACGUUGCAAGGAUUAAAACCUCAGUUUACCCAUGGCCGCUUGUUUAGUAAACGAGAACCACCAGAAAUCUGUCAUCAUUCAGUAUGCAAAGGAUUAACCCAAAUGAUGACAUGCUGUACUUAAUGGUAUUAAUCAGUAACAGUAUACAAAUUAAGAUUCAAAUACCUUUUUUAAAAGAUUGUUUUGCUUUUUCCUCUCCAAAAUGGCAGUUUAAAGAUGUUGAAGGAUCGACUAUUUCUCUGCUGCACUUGACUGAGGGGGAAUGCUUUUCUCUACGAUCCAGGAUUGACACACUUUCUGUGAGCGGUUUACUGGGAGAAUGUAUCUAAAAAAAAUAAUCGAUUCUGGUGUUUACAAGAAAUUAAUCCUAAUCCUGAAAUGAGUUAACUAGCUAAUCUGUUAUUGAUCAUCAUAAUCUGUACCUCUGCUACAUCCAACCACUGUCAGAGGAACUGAAGGAACAGUACAUCCUCAAUCUGUCUGAAAAGUAAAGUUACAAUCUGCAUAACUGUCUGAAGUGCUUUGUCUUGUCAACAUUACAAUAUUAACUUGUUUUGAAGAUUGAUAUAUUGGCACAUUCAGGACAAUUACUAAUUGGCUGCAUUUGCACAGGUAGCCCAAUUCUUAUCUUUGGCCAAUAAUUGGUCUUUUGGCCAAUCAGAUCAUAUCCUUUGCCAAUAAUUGGGCAACAGAUAAGAACUGGGCUGCCCGUGUAAACGCAACCAUCGAGUUUCAUUAUCUCUGCUUAUUGUUACCUUCUCUUUACAUCACUAACAGAGUGGUGUGUCCUUGUAUGUAACAAUACCCAGAAUACAUUUCCCCUCAUUAUGUAAUUUUAUCCAAUCUCUCACCUCUCUCUCUUUUCCAGUUCAGGGGGUCGUCUAAGCGAGGCUUCAGUAUGACAUUGUGUUUAUUUGGCAGCCGUUUCUCCAAUAAGAAUGCUCCAUGCUGCAUAGUUUUAUGUAAUUAAUAAUGCUGUUAGUUUAUAAUUAAGUCUUUCUAUCGUCGCUGCCUGCCAACCUUUCUGAUUUGCACUGCUGAGUAUGGAGUUUUCAAGUAAAUACUAUACCACCUUUUGGCAGUAUGAAUUAACAACUCGGUGACAGUAAAA